AUGAGUUCCAACGAGAUAACCCGGGGCAUGAAGUUCGCGCAUGUUGUGGAUGGGAAGCUAUCAGAGGGCAAACGAUUCAAUUGUUGUAAGGACCCGAGAACCAGUGAGCCACUCUGGAAUGUCCCAGUUGCCGGAGAAGAAGAAUUGCAAAUCGCAGUCACUGCGGCUCAGAAUGCCUUUCCUGUCUGGUCGAAGAAGCCUACCGCUGAACGACAAGUCAUAUUACGGCAACUGGCGGCUAUACUUCGCGAGGAAAGAAAAUUGAUGUCGAUGGUUGUCUCAAAAGAAACGGGGAAAUCUGACUUCAUGGGCGGCCUGGAGGUUGACCAUAGCAUCGCCUUUCUCGAGUUCAACGCCUCCCAGGAAAUUACGGAUGAAAUUGUUCACGAAGACGAUACUGUGAAGAUUGUUCAAACGCACAGUCCACUUGGUAUCGUUGCAGCGAUAUGCCCAUGGAAUUUCCCACUCGUCCUCGCCACUGCAAAAGUGGCAGCAGCGUUAUUGACCGGAAACUGCAUCAUCGUGAAGCCGUCUCCAUUCACUCCAUACAGCAUUCUGAAGUUUGCGGAAAUCGCAACCAAGAUUGUUCCCGCAGGAGUAUUCCAAGCUCUCAAUGGUGACAACGCACUAGGAGCGAGCAUGACAACUCACCCAGGAAUCCAGAAGAUUAGCUUUACCGGUUCGACCAAGACGGGAAAGAAGAUCAUGGAGGCUGCCAGUGGGACACUGAAACGAAUCACACUUGAACUCGGCGGCAAUGACGCGACAAUUGUGUGCCCGGACGUGGAUGUGAGUAAGGUCGCAUCCGAAGUUGUGAAUGGGUGUCUUUUUAAUGCGGGGCAAAUGUGUGUCGCUACGAAGCGCGUAUAUGUCCAUGAGAGCAUCUAUAGGGAGUUCUUGGAACGAAUUGUGGAAGUGGCGAAAGUAUUCACGGAACAGCCAUCUACUGCACCUCCCAUUUUUGGUCCAAUCCAAAAUCACAUGCAGCAUGCCAUUGUUCGGGAUUUGAUUGAAGAUUGCAAGGCUACAGGGUGCAAUAUUGUGGCAGGUCAGAACCAAUCGGUCAAUGGUCUCUUCAUAGAGCCAACCAUUGUGGACAACCCUCCUGAUGACUCCCGGAUUGUGAGAGAGGAACAAUUUGGUGAGAUCUGA